AUGAAGGCCAACCUCAGCACAGAGGAGCGCUUCUUCCUGCUGGGUUUCUCUGACUGGCCGUCCCUGCAGCCUGUCCUCUUCGCCCUUGUCCUCCUCUGCUACCUCCUGACCCUGGCGGGCAACUUGGCGCUGGUGCUGCUGGCAGUGCGCGACCGGCGCCUGCACACGCCUAUGUACUACUUCCUCUGUCACCUGGCCCUGGUGGACGCGGGCUUCGCCACGAGCGUGGUUCCGCCGCUGCUGGCUAACCUGCGCGGCAGGUCGCGCUGCCUGCCCCGCAGCUGCUGCCUGGCCCAGCUGUGCGCGUCGCUAGCUCUGGGCUCUGCCGAGUGCGUCCUGCUGGCAGUGAUGGCUCUGGACCGCGCGGCCGCCGUGUGCCGCCCGCUGCGCUACUCCGGGCUCGCCUCGCAGCGCCUGUGCAGCUCGCUGGCGGGCGCCUCCUGGCUGGGCGGCCUCACCAACUCGUCGGCGCAAACGGCGCUCUUGGCUGCCCGGCCGCUGUGCGCCCCUCGCCGGCUGGACCACUUCAUCUGCGAGCUGCCGGCGCUGCUCAAGCUGGCUUGCGGCAUUGGCCGGGACAGCACUGAGCGCCAGAUGUUCGCCGCCCGCGUGGUCAUCCUGCUGGUACCAUCCGCCAUCAUACUGGCCUCGUAUGGCACAGUGGCGCGCGCUGUCUGGGGCAUGCGGUCCAGCGGAGGCCGGAGGAAAGCGCUAGGUACCUGUGGGUCCCACCUGACGGCCGUUUGCCUGUUCUACGGCUCGGCCAUCUACACCUACCUGCAACCCACGCAGAGAUACGAUCAGGGGCAGGGCAAGUUUGUCUCUCUCUUCUACACCGUGGUCACACCGGCCCUCAACCCGCUCAUCUACACCCUGAGGAAUAAGGAGGUGAAGGAGGCGGCUAGGAGGCUCCUGAGGAACGUGGGCAGAGGGCAGGCCAGACAGUGAGUGAAUGGGAAGGGAAGACAGUGUCAGCCCAGGGCCCAAGAAUGGAAAUGCCCAUGGGAGAGUCAGUCUGUUUAGCCUUUGGGCUGUUCAUUUCUGUGUGAGAAUCUGCAACAUUUGUCCUGAGGGAGUCCAAGGUCAAUGCAGGAGAUCCCUUCCUCCCAUCAGAAAUGUUUAGGUUGGUGAGAUAAAGUGUGUAUAUCCUCUGUACCUAUAGGUUUAAAACCAAACCCAUUGCCAGAGAGUGGAUUCCGA